UCUGCUUGCCUUNUGUGCAGAAACUUGUAGAUNUGCUGGAAGAUAAAACAGAUCUGCCUGCAAUACUUCAGUCUCUGGGGUGUAUUGCGCAGACAGCAAUGCCUGUCUAUGUAACCAGAGAGAAGGAAAUUGAAGAAUUUAUAGUAAACAAGAUUCUGAAAAGUGAUAGUCAAGAAGAUAACCCGAAAACAUCUUGGGACGGUGAAAGCGAUCUUUGUAAGCUGAAGAUAUAUGGCAUUAAAACAUUUGUAAAGAGCUACUUGCCAGUCAAAGAUGCUCAUGUUCGUCCAGAUAUUGACAGGAUUCUGGAUAUACUCAGGAAUAUUUUACUAUAUGGUGAAGUAUCAAAGGAUCUAAAAUCAAGUUCAGUUGAUAAGGCCCAUUUGAAGCUAGCUUCUGCUAAAGCAGUUCUUCGGUUGUCAAGACUUUGGGAUCACAAGAUACCCGUUGAUCUUUUCCACUUAACUUUAAGGGUGCCCGAGGUUAAUUUCCCUCAAGCUAGGAAGAUUGUAUUGAGUAAAAUUCACCAAUAUAUCAAAGACCGCCUUUUGGAUGCCAAAUAUGCAUGUGCUUUCUUAUUGAACAUAUUUGGAUCCAAACCAAACAACUUUGCAGAGGAUAAACAGAACCUGGCCGACAUUAUUCAAAUGCACCACCAGUUGAAGGCACGACAGCUUUCUUCACAAUCAGAUGCAAAUUCCUUGGCCACUUACCCUGAGUACAUUCUUCCAUACCUAGUUCAUACGCUUGCUCACAAUUCAUGUCCGGAUGUUGAUGAGUGCAAGGAGUUUGGAGCAUAUGAUGAUAUAUACCGGCAGUUUCACUUAAUACUUUUAAUGCUACUGCAAAGAGAUGAAGAUGUCAAGUCAGAAGUAACUACUGACAAAGAGAAGGAAAUUAUAUCUACUAUCACUUGUAUCUUUCUGAGUAUCAAGCAUUCUGAAGAUGUAGUUGACACAUCAAAGUCAAAGAAUUCUCAUGCAUUAUGUGACCUUGGUUUAGCAAUAACCAAACGCUUAGUGCAGAAGGAUGUUGAUUUGCUAGGAUUGUCACAUUUGGUUCCUCUACCUCCAAUGCUAUACAAAGCAUCCGAGAAGGAAGGAGAUGACACUGGGGUAACUGAAGUUAAAAGCUGGUUGGCUGAUGAAAAUGCCUUGGCUCACUUUGAAUCUCUUGAACUAGAUAUGGUUCAUUCCCAAUCAGCAGAGAAUGAAGCUUCGAAGGAUGAUGAAAAGGACGGAAAUGAGAUACCUCUGCGAAAGAUGUUAAAGCACAUAAAAUCCCAGGGAUCCAGUGGCAAAAAGGUGAAAAGGAAUAAGUCUGCUUCAGCUGAAACGAAAAAGGAAGAAAAUGAUUUUGACACUGUAAAUAUGGCCAGACAAAUUAAUGGGGAUAACUUAGGGACCUCUUCUAAUGUGGAAGCAAGUAAUGGCCACGGACAUUCUUUGAGUAAGAAGGCUCUGAAGGAUCUAGGUUCUACAGCAGGUAAAAAAAGAAAAGCUAGAGAAACAACACCUGUUCCAGUGCCUAAACGUAGGCGGUCAUCUACUCAUGGAAAAUUGACAUUAUCAACUAGUAUAUCAAAGACAUCUCGAAGAGUUUUAGGAGAAGAAUCCCCUCAACCCAAACUUUUACUGGAUGAAGAAGUUAGCCCUGAUGCAGAUGGCAAAGCCAUCCAGAAAAAAAUGGUCAAAGGCAGGGAAAAAGAUUUGUUAUUAUCCUCAUUAAAGCAAAAGGUUAAAGGUUCUGAUGGUUAUCAUAAUGAUGAGUUGAACAAACCUGAUGAGCAUGACAUGAUGAGUCUUAAUCGUUUACAACUAAGUGAUAAGACUGUGAGUAACAUUAACAAGUCUUCCACGGGGUCCACUAAAAAAGGGAAAAGAAAAAGUAUUGCAGGAAUGGCUAAGUGCACAGCAAAGGGAGGUGAAAUUGACAUUGAAGAUCUAAUCGGUUGCAGAAUUAAAGUUUGGUGGCCUAUGGAUAAGAAAUUUUAUGGAGGCACCAUUAAGUCCUAUGAUCCUUUGAAAAGGAAGCAUGUGAUAUUAUAUGAAGAUGGAGAUGUAGAAAUACUCCGAUUGGAAAAGGAGCGCUGGGAGCUUAUUGACAAGGGCCGCAAAACUACUAAGAAGAUAAAGCUCUCUUCACUUGAAGCUUCUGGGCAAAAGCACAAAAGUUCAAGUGGCUCAUCACGUAAAAAAGCAAAAAAAAUAACCAACGGUAAUCAAUCUUCCAGCAAACCAGUAAACCGUGCAUCAAAAAGUAAUUUGCAUCAUGAGGAUGCCAAAGAGACUUCAGAGAUGUCAAGUCCUAAAGAGACCGCAGCCCUUAAAGCCAAUGAAAUGGACUCAGACCAUGGUGUUCUCAAGUAUCACAUGAAUCGUGAUCUCCAAGUGAAUCCCACAAGUCUAGCACAAUGGUGCUAACAUGCCGUGUGGNUUUCAUUGGAAAUACAAGCGCGAUGCCAC